AUGGAAGACGAUCACAUCACCUCUCAUUUCACUCGACGCGACCUAUCACUCUUGGCCCAAUCUUCUCCCAAAUCUGCCCUGCGUGUGAUUACCCUGAUUGACUAUGACUGCUUUUACGCCCAAUGCGAGAGUGUGCGACUUGGAAUCUCUUCGGAUGUGCCUUUGGGUGUACAGCAAUGGGAGGCCAUUAUCGCGUUGAACUAUCCAGCCAGGGCAAAUGGCCUCGCUCGUGGCAUUUCUGUUGAAGAGGCUAGGGUGAAAUGUCCAAAUCUCAUCCUACAGCAUGUUCCAACGUGGAGGGAGGGAUGUGCUUCCUGGGCAUAUAGACCUGUUUCGACAAUCAUGCCGGGGACUGAUAAGGCAGCCCUUGGCCCGUACCGCCUCGAGUCACGAAAGGGCCUUGAGCUGAUCAAAAGCACAUUGCCGCAUUCUCCCCCACAAAAGAUCGAAAAGGCUAGUGUGGAUGAGAUGUACCUUGACCUCUCCGCGCAGGUUCAUAGCAUCUUGCUACAAAGAUAUCCCGCCUUGCUGGAUGUGGAAUCGUCAUCAAAGGACGAGAUGCUACCUCUUCCUAGGACGUCUGUGCUCAAUUGGCACGCAGAUGCUGUUUUUGGAGCAGAUGCAGAGGACGACCAUUUUGACUGGGACGACAUAGCGCUAAAUAUAGGUUCGGAGAUUGUGGACAAUAUAAGACGGGAGAUCUUUAAGCACAUGAGAUACACUUGUUCAGCUGGCAUUGCCCGGAACAAGAUGCUUGCAAAAUUAGCAAGCGGAUACAACAAGCCAAAUCACCAGACAGUCAUCUUGCGACGAGGAACUCGUGAAUUUCUUUCUACGCAUAAGUUCACCAAGAUUCGCGGAUUGGGAGGCCUUUUGGGGACGCAAAUCAGCGAAAAGUUCAACACGAAAAUGGUAUCCGAGCUCCUGGCAAUACCUCUAUCGCAGAUGAAAGAGGAAAUGGGGCUGGAGGUUGGAGCUUGGGUUUUCAACGUCAUACGUGGCGAGGAACAAAGCGAGGUCAAUCCUCGAAUGCACGUCCAAUCGAUGCUUUCUGCCAAAACCUUUGUGCCCAAAAUUGUUUCUAUUGAUCAGGCUGCGAAAUGGCUCCGAAUCUUUGUUGCAGAUCUCCUGGGUCGUCUGGACGAGCUGGGCUCUGAGAACCAUCGAAUCAGUCCAACCAUAAUCACCUUAAAUCACCACAUAGAAGGCCGUUUUGGGCCUACUCGCUCCAAGCAGACCUCAGUACCCAGUUCAACGUUGAUUACCGAGAAAAUGUUGUUCAACCUGGCCCUUGGUCUCCUUACCCAGAUCGUUGCCGAAGAGAAAAGUUGGCCUUGCAGAAGCAUAUCUCUACGCAUUGCCGGGUUUCAGAGCGCUCCAAAAUCCAAUACUCUCAUUUCAUCAUAUUUCAUGACAAAUGACCAAUUCACCUCGCUGGGCUUGUCCAAAACAUCCAAAGAAGACUCUCGGAAACAGCAAACCGUGGAAAGUCUGCCCAGGGUAUAUGAAGGCGACCAAAUUUCGUCAGGGGAAAGUGAAUCACUGUUUGAAGCUGAAUCGUCCAGUUCUUCCUUGAUGGACAGCGAAUCCCAUUCCCCGCAUGGAUCGGAACUAGCCCUCUAUUCAUGCCCCCAUUGCAACAGUUCUAUCCCCGCAGCCGAGGUACUUGAGCAUCUGGAUUGGCAUGUGGCACUUGAACUCUCUAACGUUGAUGAGUCUCGAGGAUGA